GUCGCGGCCGAGUCGGCGGCGUCUUCCUCAGGUCUCUUCUCUUCAGCUGCUGGCCGGAGGCGCGUCCCAGCUGCCGGGCGCGGACGGCGCGGCGCCUCGCGGGCCUCGGGACCGGCUGCGAGGCUGGAAGAUUGUGGAAAUCUGUGUGGACCCAGGUUGUGCAAACCCAAGGAUGUGUGUCCAGGUGGCCUGACGGGCGGACAUCGGCAGCUUUCUGCCUCACCUCGAGGUCACGUCCUUUUCUGAACACAAUGAGCUCGAGAAAGCGUCGUGGUGGGACAGCAAAUUCUAGACAAACCCAGAAGCGAACCCGGGAAGCAGCUUCUACUCCUGAGAUCGCCUUGGAAGCGGAACCCAUAGAACUUGUGGAAACUGCCGGAGAUGAAAUCGUGGACCUCACCUGUGAAUCCUUGGAGCCGGUGGUGGUCGACCUGACCCACAAUGACUCCGUUGUGAUUGUUGAUGAACGGAGGAGGCCAAGGAGGAACGCGAGGAGGCUCCGUCAGGAUCAUGCCGACAGCUGUGUGCUCAGCAGUGACGAGGAGGAGCUGGCCAGGGACCGAGACGUGUAUGUGACCACCCACACUCCCAGGAGUGCCAGGACUGAUGGAGCUGCGGGGAUUAGGUCCUCGGGUACUGUGAGCUGCCCCAUCUGCAUGGACGGAUACUCAGAGAUUGUGCAGAGCGGACGUCUCAUUGUUUCUACAGAAUGUGGCCACGUCUUCUGUAGCCAGUGCCUCCGCGAUUCCCUCAAGAGUGCUAACACUUGCCCAACUUGUAGGAAAAAGAUGAGCCACAAACGGUAUCAUCCCAUUUACAUAUGAAGUGCUCAGAGCUACUCAGAUACGGACGGACCAAGGGAAAGCCUGGCCAGGGCUCUGCGUGAUGUCAGGAGCACUGUGGGAGAACCAACCUCUGUGCCAAGUGCUUUGUUGUUUCCAACCCCUCCUAGAUUCUGUGUGAUGCUCUGGAACUGGCCGAGCGCUCUGUCUCCUCUCUGGGGUGGGCUGGUUCCUGAGUAGAAGAAAGGAAACUCAAGAAUUGUGGCUACAGCUUCUUUCUGGAACUUCCAUGUUGGCCAAGAGAAUCCCCUUGUGCCCAGCUCUCCUGCGCUACACUUCUCUUUGGCUUCUGCUUGUCAGUGGACCAGCCUGCCUGCCAGAGACCAGCCAGACCAGGCCCACCCAGCCCAAGGGCCCUGGGUGCAAGAGCAGCCCUCUGUCCUGGAGAGAUGAGCCUGCACCUUGCAAGGACAUGCAGUGUUCUCUGCAGCCAGGAGAGCCUCUGCAGGGCAGACGGCAAAGUGCAAUAAGCCCGUUCUUGACCUGUCUGUCCACAGCCCGGGAGAUGGAGUGCAGCUGGUAUCCUCCCAGAGGUCUGGGGCCUCCUGAGGAGCAGUGCCUGGCUGCCCUAUCCCUGCUCAUCAGCUGUUCUCAGGAACUUCACCCACGCUCCAAAGUUCUUCACCUGGCACGGGACAUGUGUUUGAGUGUCCUCUCUUUUCUGAUAAAGUCUGUCCUGUUUGCUGCCGUAUGUCCUCUGACCCUCAGUUCUCGCUGCCCGGGUCUGCCCAAGGUCAGCAGACCCUGAGGUGGUGGCAGUCGUCGUGGCCUUAGCAGCUCACGUCCACACUGGGGUCCAAGGCACCGUCUCUCCAUGUUGCAAAGAACGCAGCCCGCCUCACCAGGCCUUCUCAUCCGCCUCCCAGCAGUGGAUGUUUCUAGCUGAAGCUGCUCCUUUCGUCGGUUGGGCUUUGAUCCUAGGGCUUUUGGCUGUUCCCCAGGCACUGGUUGGCAACCUGCAGGGGCUUAGCCUGCCCGGGGCACCCAUGUAACAGCCUCUGCUCCAGGCUCCAGGCAUGCUCUCAAAUGGCAGCACAGGGCCGGAGCCAGCUGGCAGGGGUGAGCCUAUCAGUGCCAGCUUGCCCCCACCUCCGUACCUCCCCUUCCUCGGAGGGCUUCAAGCCACCUAGCAGCCUUUUCGCGUGAAAUGUCCCCAAGGUGAGCGAGGGACUGGUCCAGCUUUGCUAGCAAUAACUGCCCUUCAGAUUGCCCUUCUGAAGGAGCGGGACUUGGCACAGAAUUCACUUUAUGGGACUGAAGGAGAGCCCUCCUGUAUGGGAAGAGCAAAUGGUUAUUCUUCAUUCUGACUUUUUAACUUUAGGCUCACUUGCAAUUAGUAUGAAUGAAAGUCAUAAUUUUGUACUUGGAGUCAAAGAAGGCUGUGUCCCAGCACCCAUCGUUGGUUGUGGAGCCCACUGCCCUCUCAGGAUAGCGUUGCCAUGCAGUCCCCCUGAGCUUCCUGGAGAAGCCCGUCUGCUGUGUCCCAGUGAUGUCAGGGGUGAUGUCAGGCACAGAACAGCUGAGCAGAGAUGGCAACACCCAUUUCAAACCAAGUUUAUCCCAACUCAAGUGGUUGAUCAUAAAGGUUGGUUGAGAAAAUCCCUCUCCCAUUGUUAGUGUACACAGUUGAGCUCUCUUUGUUGAUACCCGGUGAACAUCAGUUAGCCUUGGACUCCUGCGAGCGUUGAAGGUGGGAACAAAACCAGGCAUUUGAACCGAGCAUCUUUUCCACGCAUUUGUUUGCUCUGGCAGUGGGCAGCACCACCACGCCCUCACUCCGUUUUGCCAGUGUGCAUGUUUCGCCUGCGCCCGUUGUCCUAGAAGCUUCUGCUCCAGACACUGGUAUGCAGCGAGCCCCUCCGGGACCACAACUCCAAAGUCCUGGGAUCUCUAGCAGUGCAGAAAUGGUUCUGAGAGGUGAGGCUGGUCGGGAGGCUGCCCUCCCAUCCGGACAUGUCCUAUGCUUUGGAUGGGAGUCAUCUGUGGAGUUCAGGUUGUACCAGUAACUGCCAUGAUUGAGUGGUGCCAGUAAAGCAUGAGGGAAGGACUUCAUUUGGCUUUGGACGACUUGAGGGCCAGGUAGUCAGCCUCCUGGGUGAGGGGACUGUAACACCAUCAUUGGGAUGCUGGCUGUGUGUGUGGCUCUGGCAGUUAUGGCGACUCACAGCUGCAGAGCUUCCUCCUGGACAGUGGGGAGCUAGGUUGGAGCCGGAGGAGCAGUAGUGGCUGGCUUCCUGAGGCAGCACGCUGUGCUUCCGUCCUGCAAUUCCAAGACGGAAUAGAGUUCUGAGCGGGACCCUGUGAAAACUCCCUUUGCUGGCAGGCAGCAGGGUCUGCACAGCUCAUGCCUGAGAGGGGUCAUGACUAAGGGUGUGGGGGGCGGCCUCCCCUGCUCUCUUUCCUGAACACCCCGAGGCAAAGGCCCCUGGGAGGGCAGGGUGCCAGAGUGCCUCAGGCCAGCCUGACUCAGUGGGCUCCCAAGGCUGGCUAGAGGAGGUGGUUUCUGGUUGUGAAAUAUGCAAAUGGUAUCUUUAUUCUGGUGGUCAGUGUGCGCAUGUUUGGGUUCCAGUGUCUGUUGAAUGAUCCUGAAUUUCCUCCAUUCCAUCCAUCUGCCAUGUCUCCUAGUCCCUUAACGUGUAGGGUGGGCACCCAUUCUAAAACUCCCAACUUUAUGAAAACCAGUGUGACAACACAUGUGGAAAAUGGCUGCACCGUAGGUCCCAGAACACAGGUGCACUGGAAAUCUUGUAUAAAACUACCUUCAGGCUAUGCAAAUAAGGUAAUUAGAAACAUAAAUGAACUUCCUAUUUAGGACUGUGUUCCAUCCUCAAGGAGUAUAUACAUAUUCGACUGAGGGGCAGGGAUGGCGGGAGCAGUGCUCUGCUCCAAGCAUCGUGGAUGCAUAUUCAACUUGUGUUUGCUUUUCCAACAUAUGCCAUUCUUGGAUACAUUCAUUGUGUCGAUAUUUUAUACAUUGCUUAAUUUGUUCUGCUAGUAUUUGGAUUAGGGUUUGUUUUGUUUUAUUAAAAUCCAUGUUCAUAAGUUA